AUGUCUGAGAAAGAGCAACCCGAAGAACCCGAAAUUUUAUCGCAAGAAUGGAUAUUUACCGUCUUUGUACCAAAUAUUGGACCUAAAGAGAAAGUGAUUAUAACUGGAAAUAUUACAGAAUUAGGUGAAUGGGAUUUAAAAAAAAGUAUUCUUCUGGAACGUGUAGAUGGAACAGAUACAUGGACUAAAACUAUUGUUAUUCCAAACAUUUGUGACAUAUCCUAUCGUUAUGCCAUAUGUCUUAUUAAUGAAGACAAUGAUAUGAUUGUACGUAACUGGGAAACUAAUAUUAAUCCAAGAAUUAUCAAGGAAAAUAUGCUACAUCCUAUAACUGACGUAUUUGGUGAAUAUAGUGGGAAAAAAAAUAUUUCAAGAGGCUGGCUUACCUGUCAAACACUCGUUCAAUUUAAAUUCAUUAACAAUCCCUUAAAAUUGAAAAGCCGCCUAGUUGGUAGACUUAUGAAUAUAAAAGUUACUCCUGUAAAAUUGUCUUUUGGAACAGAACCUCAUAUAGAAGAUUCAUCUUUGAGUACAGAUACUAUGGAUGUUGAAGUUCCAGCAGGUGUGUUUGUAGAAGUAGCAACACUUGAUAAUGAUCCAACUAUCUGUAAUUUACAACCUCAAGAACAAUUUGGUCGAGAAUAUAAACAAAAUGAUGUAUUACUAGUCAAUGUUUAUGCCCCAAAUCCUAAAAAUCUUGCAUAUCUUAUAGAUUUUUAUUCAUAUAGUACUCGAGCUUCUGUUGAUGAUCCUCCUUGUCAUAUUGGGUAUACUUAUGUUCUACCAAACAUGUUUAAACCUUCAGAAGGCUCAUUGGAAUUACCAGUUACUUGUAAUGUCAAACAUCGCCCUCUUGGCACUAUUAAUUUUGAAUAUCUUAUAAUUUAUCCAAUGGAAGAAAGUUUGUGUAACUUUGAAGUAUCCUAUGCAAAACACUGGGAUCCUUCUUGGACUGGGUUAGAAGUAGGACAUAGAGGAUUAGGUGCCAGUUUUAAAACAAAAGAGGGAAAUGCCAUUCGUGAAAACACAAUAGCUUCCCUUAAAAAAGCAGCUGCCAGUGGGGCAGAUAUGCUGGAAUUUGAUGUGCAACUCAGUAAAGAUAUGAUACCAGUAAUUUAUCAUGAUUUUCAUGUGUGUAUUUCAAUGAAAAGAAAAAAGGAAGUUGACUUCACUGAGAUGCUAGAAUUGCCAGUGAAAGACUUGACCUUGGAGCAUCUGCAGAAACUUAAGGUUUAUCAUUUAGUGGAGGGACGUAAUCAUGAAAUUUUGUUUUUUGAUGAAGACUUGGAAGAGCAUCAGCCUUUUCCUACUCUUGAAGAAGCUUUUAAAAAAUUAGAUGAACAUGUAGGCUUCAAUGUUGAACUGAAAUGGACAAUGGAACUCAAUGAUGGAACAUUUGAACUUAACAAUCCCUUUGAUAUGAAUACUUAUGUUGAUAAGGUGUUGGAAGUAGUUCUGAAACAUGCAGGAGAGCGUCGCGUAGUCCUGUCGUGCUUCAAUCCAGACAUUUGCACCAUGGUUCGGAACAAACAGAACAAAUACCCUGUUAUGUUUUUGACUGUGGGUAUUACUGAAAAAUAUCAACCAUAUCGUGAUCCACGAUGCUCGACCAUACCAGCGGCGGCCCAAAACGCAAUUAGCUCCGACAUCCUGGGCAUUGUGGCACACACGGAGGACUUACUUAGAGAUCCAAGCCAGGUAAAAUUGGCGACGGAUGUUGGUCUCGUUAUAUUUUGUUGGGGCGAUGACAACAACGACAAAAACACUAUAAAGAAGCUUAAAGAAAUGGGUCUGCACGCUGUGAUUUAUGAUAAACUCGACCAAUACAUCACCAAAGAAGUUAAGGAGAGCAUAUUCCUGAUGGAGGCGCGCGAGUCGCAGCGGGAGAUCAUGAAGCUGGCCGCUCUCGAGGCGCUCGGCGACGACAGCGCCACCCCCUCGCACUCCGGCGACUCCACCCGCCCUCCCCACCUCCCCCUCCGCCACGAAGGCCCCUCCACAGUCACCUCCCUAGAGUCCCUAGCCUCCUCGAUAGACCUCGACGAGACAGACAAACACCUCAAACGUAGCAGAGACCUCAUCAUGACAGUGGAAAAGGAAACGCAAGUGAAAGGCCAACGGAACUCCUUCAAAGGACUCUUCCCCCCCUGCGAUUUAGCCAAAACGUUCCCGAAAAAAUCCCGUAAUUCC